AUGGCACCGUCCUUCAGGUCUGUGCUCGCGGUCGCCGGAGCUCUCAUUGCUCCCGUCGUCGGCCAAUUUCCUCCCACGCCCGAGGGCCUCAUUGUACUCAAGUCCAAGUUCAACGAGAACAUCACCAUCAGCUUCAAGGAGCCCGGCAUCUGCGAGACAACCCCUGGGGUCAAGUCGUACUCGGGCUACAUCCAUCUGCCCCCAGGCCACAUUGACGGCCUUGGCCAGGAGCAGACGUAUCCCGUCAACACCUUCUUCUGGUUUUUCGAGGCCCGUAAGGAUCCCGAAAAUGCGCCACUCUCCAUCUGGAUGAACGGUGGCCCUGGCAGCUCGUCCAUGGGCGGCCUUCUCUAUGAGAACGGCCCUUGCUUCGUCAACCCAGACUCCAACACGACAAGGCUCAACCCUUGGUCGUGGAACAACGAGGUCAAUAUGCUCUACAUCGACCAGCCUGUGCAGGUGGGCUUCUCGUAUGACACCCUCAGGAACGUCACGAGGAACCUGCUCGGCAGCGUGCAGACCCUCCCUCCUGGUGCCCCGAUCCCCGAGCAGAACGUCACCUUCCACGUGGGCACGUACCCAAGCAACAACCGCGAUGCUACCUCUCAAGGCAGCCGCAACGGUGCCAUCUCUCUGUGGCACUUUGCUCAGGUCUGGUCUCAGGAGUUCCCCGGCUACCACCCCAACGACGACCGCAUCAGCAUCGCGACGCAGUCGUACGGCGGUCGCUACGGCCCUGCCCUGGCGGCCUUCUUCCAGGAGCAAAAUGAAAAGAUCCGCGACGGCACUCUCGACAGCGGCGAGGGCGAGAACUACAUCCUCAACCUCGACACGCUGCUGCUCGUCAACGGAUGCAUCGACCGCAAGGUGCAGUGGCCGUCAUAUGCGACCAUGGCCUACAACAACACGUACGACAUUGCGACAGUCGACGAGGCGACGUACCUCGGCAUGAUCGACGCCUUUGAGCGGCCCGGCGGCUGCGCCGACCAGAUUGACGAGUGCCAACGUCUCGCGCGCCUCGACGACCCAGAGAACCUCGGCAUCAACGCCAACGUCAACCGCGUCUGCCAAGCGGCCGAGACGUUCUGCUCACGCUACAUCCGCGACCCGUACAUCCAGCAGUCGGGCCGCGACUACUACGACGUCACGCAGGUCGACCCGACGCUGUUCCCGGACCCCUACUACGCCGCCUACCUCAACCAGCCGCACGUGCAAGCCGCCCUCGGUGUGCCCCUCAACUGGACCGGCUCGAGCAGCGCCGUCGCCAACGCCUACCGCGGCAUCGGCGAUUACCCGCGCCCCGGCUGGAUCGAGGACCUCGGUGAGCUGCUCGACGACGGCGUCAAGGUCUCGCUGAUGUACGGCGACCGCGACUUUGCCUGCAACUGGAUCGGCGGCGAGGCAGCAUCGCUCGCCAUCCCCUGGAGCCAGAGCGACGCAUUUGCCGAUGCCGGCUACGCGCCGCUGCGCACGAGCUGCGCCUCGCCCAAGAUUGCCGGCCAGAUUCGCCAGCACGGCAACCUGUCGUUUGCCCGCGUCUACCAGGCCGGCCACGCCGUGCCGGCGUACCAGCCCGAGGCGGCGUACCGCAUCUUCAUGCGCGCGCUGUUCAACCGUGACCUGGCGACGGGGCGCGUCGACACGGCGGUGAAGGAUGACUACUCGACGUCGGGCCCGGCGGAUGUGUUGGGUGUCAAGAAUGAAGUGCCGGAGCAGUAUCCUGACUACUGCUACAUCUUGGACACGAGCACGUGCAGCGCGAGGCAGAUUGCCGCACUCCGCAACGGCUCGGCUGUCAUUAAGGACUACAUCAUGCUGGAGCCGAGUUCGUAG